CUUUUGUGUUUAUGUCUUAUAUCCAAAAGUUGUGGGAGUUAGUGAAGCUUAUGAGGAUGCUGCCAAUUGUCUCUGGUUGUUAACAAACUCCAAGCCCUGUGCUAACUGUAAAUCUCCGAUCCAGAAGAAUGAAGGAUGCAAUCACAUGCAGUGUGCUAAGUGCAAGUAUGACUUUUGCUGGAUUUGCCUAGAAGAAUGGAAAAAACACAGUUCUUCCACUGGAGGUUAUUAUAGAUGUACUCGCUAUGAAGUCAUUCAGCAUGUGGAGGAGCAAUCCAAGGAAAUGACUGUGGAGGCUGAGAAGAAACAUAAAAGAUUUCAGGAACUUGACCGAUUUAUGCACUAUUACACAAGAUUUAAAAACCAUGAGCAUAGUUACCAGUUAGAACAACGCCUUCUUAAAACAGCCAAAGAAAAGAUGGAACAGUUGAGUAGAGCUCUCAAAGAAACUGAAGGAGGCUGUCCAGAUACAACUUUCAUUGAAGAUGCAGUACAUGUGCUCUUAAAAACUCGACGUGUUCUCAAGUGUUCUUAUCCAUAUGGAUUUUUCUUAGAACCUAAAAGCACAAAGAAAGAAAUUUUUGAACUCAUGCAAACAGAUCUGGAAAUGGUCACUGAAGACCUUGCCCAAAAAGUCAAUAGGCCUUAUCUUCGCACACCCCGACACAAGAUAAUCAAGGCUGCAUGUCUUGUGCAGCAGAAGAGACAAGAAUUCCUGGCAUCUGUAGCUAGGGGAGUUGCUCCUGCCGACUCCCCAGAAGCUCCAAAGCGCAGCUUUGCUGGAGGAACAUGGGAUUGGGAAUAUUUAGGAUUUGCAUCACCUGAGGAAUAUGCUGAAUUUCAGUAUCGAAGGAGACAUAGACAACGUCGUCGAGGAGACGUGCACAGUCUGCUCAAUAACCCUCCAGAACCUGAUGAGCCAAGUGAAAGCACUUUAGAGAUUCCAGAAGGAAGCAGCAGCCGGAGACCUGGCACCUCCGUGGUAAGUUCUGCGUCUAUGAGUGUGCUGCACAGCUCUUCCCUACGCGACUACACCCCUGCCAGUCACUCUGAGAACCAGGACUCUCUUCAGGCUCUGAGUUCCCUGGAUGAAGAUGAUCCCAAUAUACUUCUCGCAAUACAGUUAUCACUGCAGGAGUCUGGGCUGGCUAUUGAUGAAGAAAAUAGAGACUUCCUCAGUAAUGAAGCAUCUUUAGGUGCCAUAGGCACUUCUCUACCUACCAGGCUGGACUCCAUUCCCAUGAACACAGACAGCCCCAGAGCUGCACUGAGCAGUUCUGAGCUGUUGGAACUAGGUGACAGCCUCAUAAGACUAGGAACCGAAAGUGACCCAUUUUCAACUGACACACUGAGUUCACACCCACUCAGUGAGGAAAGAAGUGAAUUCUAUCCCUCAUCCAGUGACCCUGACUCAGCCGACCAGGACACUAACAUCAAUGACAAUCUCCUUGGCAAUAUCAUGGCUUGGUUUCAUGACAUGAAUCCUCAGAGUAUUGCCUUGAUUCCUCCAGCAACUACAGAAGUCAGUGCAGAGUCCCAGCUCCCCUGUGUCAAAGAUGGGUCAGAGGGCAUGAGGGAUGUGGAACUGGUGCCACCAGAAGAUUCAGUAUUUGAAGAUGCUAUUGUCAGUGAGGGUAGAGGAACCCAAAUAGAAGAGGAAAAUCCUUUGCAGGAUAAUAUUCUGACCGAGGGAGCAGCAUCUCCAGCUGGAAAUGAUGGUAAUGAGGCUGCCAGUAAGGGGGAUGACACAGAUGCAUCAAGUCAAACACCUCAAACCUCAAGUGACUGGCUUGAACAAGUACAUUUAGUGUGAACUGCACAUCUCUGGGCUCUAGAUGAAUUGCAGGUGCAGACAGUAUGCUAGGAGAGUAUGCAUUAUAGAGACUUGACCCACUUAAUUCCAACUCAACUAUAAACCACUGACAUUAGGAUUGAAUAUGAAGGAGUUCCCUUAAAUGAUAGCUUCAUUUUUCAUUUUUAACCUUACAGGGAAUUUCUUUUGUACUUAACUGGAUAGCUAGCAAUUCCCCUUUCUGCUGACAAAAAGAAUGGGAGAAGAAGAGAAACACAAAUAGAAUAAAUAGGUUAGAUUCUACAUUUUGUGAAAGUGCAGUCCUCUGUUUACCCUAAGGUCAGCUAUACUUAAUUGGACAUUUAAAUUAAAAGUUUAUUCCCUAAUCCUUGGGUCAUUUUCCUAUUUAAAUAAAAAAGUUUUUUUUCUUUAUUUUAGAAGUUAUUUUUGGACAUACCUGAUAGUAUAUAGUUCUUCACUCUCUUUGUGCUCUUCUACAACUUCCUUCCUCUUUGUCUGAGCAUUGUGAAGUGAGCUACCCCAGACAUCUCUGUACUGCUACAUCUGCCACGGUGUAAUUAGUAUUAAUUUCUUCAUGAAUCAAAGAUUUCUUUUCAUGUCUAUUUACAGUCCACUUGUGCCAAACAGAUGUGUGCGGUAAGAAGGCGUGUAGGUAUGUGGUGUCCUAGAAGGCUCCAGAGAAGCUUCAUCUUUCUCCAGAGUAAAAGGUGCCACUUGGUAGCAAUGAUAUUCCAGAAUUUAAUGGGGUUUUUUGUUGCUAUGGAGACUGCAUUUAAAUAAAUGGAGCCUGUAGCUUAAGUUAACUAAAUCUAAUGCUGCUGUUAAAAACAGUUUAUUUUAAUAUUAAAGUACAGUUGAUUAGCAACAGCGGUGCUGUAUUUUAAGAGACACUUUAUUGGAAGUGCAAUCAUAGUUCUUUGUUUUCAAAUUUUACAGUGCAUUCUAAUUACUAAUGGGUGCAAUUACUUUUAAUGGUGUUUUAUAAAAUAGAAAAAAGAGUUCAUGAGUUAUAGUAAAUCCCACAAUUAUUAAAAAAUUCAAUAAGACAUCCUGCGCAACAUGUUACUGUGCCUUUGCCUAACCUAAAUGGAUAGUUGCCAGUAAAAUAAGUGAGUAAUUCAAAUUUCAAUGUCUCUUCUGAAAUAACUAUGCUAUGAAUUGCAAAGACCUCCAUAAAACCACCCAUGGCCUUGCCUUUACAGUAAAUAUAACAACUAAAUGUUCAAUCAGUUUGUUUGCCUAAGUAGCAAAUGCUGACCUGUGUUUGUUCUAUUACACAAUACUCAUUUGCUGUGUGAUUACUGUUUAGUGUUGAAAAAAAUCAACUUCCUAGUUAUCAGUGUCUUACUGUGAAGAAAAUAUUGGUCUUAGUUGUAAUUAAGAUACAGUGGUACAGUGUGUAAUUAAAACUAGAGUAAAUUGUUGAAAUGGUUGUUUUACUUACAUAUUAAUAAAACUAGUGUACACAAGCGAAAUAGAUAUGCAACACCCCAUUUAAUGUUUUUUUCCAGAUUCUUACCAGAAAUCUAUGGGUUCCAAAUUUCCCUACUGAGUUUAUAUAGGCAAGUUCUGGGCUGAAUAAACUGUUAUGUAACAUUUGUUGUGGUUAGAUGACAUUUUUCAAACCCUGUUUUGAAAUAUUCUUGGAUGUUGAAUUCAUAUGAGUAGAAGAUUAUUUAAAGUGUUCAAUAUUCCCCAGACCCGUCUAGGAUAGUCCAUGUAGGGAUGACGCUUAUGUUUUGGCUAGCAGAGGUCCACAUUAGUUUUUAUUUUCCCAAGUAUCAAAAACAUUGAAUCAUUCUAUUAAAUUAGUUGGGGGAAAAUGUUAACUUUACUUACAGUGUAUUACUGUAUAUUAAACUAAAAUAGUCCAUUAAAGGAUUUUUUUUGCAAAUUUAUUUUGGAUUAAAAAUAUCAACACCAAUCAGUUUUUAGACCAAGUUGUAAUUUUUCAAUAGAAAGUGUCUUUUUAUCACAUUGAGGCAUCUUGCAAAGCUGCAAUAAAGGGAGAAAGACUAUUCUGGAAAGACAGUGUAAGUGAUGCACCUUUGUUUCUGUGCUGUUGGUCUCUCCUGAGCAUGAAAAUAUUAUCAGUAUCUAAUUUGUAUUUCCUUGGUACAUAUUUUAAAACAACACAGUCAUUGACUUUACAAUUCAGAAAUAAAGUUUGGCAAAGCCUAUUUUGUAAACAAGUUAAUUUUAUAAUGUAAAAAAAAAAAAUAUGACUCUAACCUUGACUUGUUAUUUGCACUUUCAUAGUCUAUACUUGAUACAUUCCCACUUUAUAUACAGUAGGAUUCUACGAGCGUGUAGAUGUUUGGCCAAAUGAAUGCUGUUAAUAAUAUGUAAAAUUCUUGGAUUAAACAUUUCUUACUUAAACUAUUUCACUUUGGUCUCAUUAUAGACUUUAUUUUAAUGAAGUAAGGAAGUUGAUUUUCUUCAAAUUAAAUCCCCUCCAGUAUGAUGGGAUUGAUUUGGUUCUUAUAUGUAAUUCAUUGAUUAGUGCCUAAUAUUUUACACUCUCCCAUUUAUUGAGUGAUCAUUUUCUAUCUGAAAGAUAAACCCCAAAACACUACAUGGAAAUAUGUUAAACUAUUAUGGCAUCAAGGUUCCUUUUAUUUUCAUGACAAUAGUUAUCAGGAGAAAAUUAUUAAUGCUUUUGUUUUGAAAUCCCUAGUUGAAACCAGAGAAUAAGAUAGAAUUUUAAAACACUUUGAGAAAUUGCUUAGGAGGUGAAAUUUUUUUAUGCCAUAUGAAUAGAAAUGCCUGCUUCUCCUGCAUUCUUUUUAUCCUCCCUUUUCUGAGUUACCAAAACAGUUCUUGGCAUCUGAAAUUAAGAGCAUAGACCCAAGUCCCAGACUAACAACUGGUUGGUGUAUUUCACGGGGGCUGCCACUGAUAACCAUGUAAAGUCAAGUUGUUAUAUUUAUGCCUUUCAUUGUGUGAAUUUGAAGCAACACCACCAGUGUCCAUAUGCUGAAUUAUUCUUUGGAUGUUAUGUUAAUUACCACUAUUUAUCUCAUUUUUUGUUCUUUUUUUGUCUUCAAAUAUAAUUGCUUACCUGUUGAAUUAAAAUCUGAGAUUUGUUCAAGUGGA